AUGGUGGUGUUUCCAUUGGACGGGGGCAGACCAGUGAUGAGACCUACUGAGAAGUGGGGCCGGGGGCAGUGGGUCCGGGGGCAGUGGGUCCGGGGGCAGUGGAACCGGGGGCAGUGGGUCCGGGGGCAGUGGGUCCGGGGGCAGUGGGGCCGGAAGCAGUGGGACCGGGGGCAGUGGGUCAGGGGGCAGUGGGGCCGGGGGCAGUGGGUCCGGGGGCAGUGGGUCCGGGGGCAGUGGGGCCGGGGGCAGUGGUUCCGGGGGCAGUGGGUCCGGGGGCAGUGGGACCGGGAGCAGUGGGACCGGGGUCAGUGGGGCCGGGGGCAGUGGGUCCGGGGGCAGUGGGACACAGGCAGUGGGUCCGGGGGCAGUGGGUCACAGGCAGUGGGACCAGGGGCAGUGGGACCAGGGACAGUGGGACACAGGCAGUGGGACCGGGGGCAGUGGGGCCAGGGGCAGUGGGACCGGCAGCAGUGGGUCUGGGGGCAGUGGGACCGGGGGCAGUGGGUCCGGGGGCAGUGGGGCCAGGGGCAGUGGGACCGGGGGCAGUGGGGCCGGGGGCAGCAGUGGGUCCGGGGGCCGUGGGACCGGGAGCAGUGGGUCCGGGGGCAGUGGGACCGGGAGCAGUGGGUCCGGGGGCAGUGGGACACAGGCAGUGGGUCUGGGGUCAGUGGGUCCAGGGGCAGUGGGACCGGGGGCAGUGGGACUGGGGGCAGUGGGACCGGGGGCAGUGGGACUGGGGGCAGUGGGACCGGGGGCAGUGGGACCGGGGGCAGUGGGUCCGGGGGCAGUGGGUCCGGGGGCAGUGGGACCGGGGGCAGUGGGACACAGGCAGUGGGGCCGGGGGCAGUGGGUCCGGGGGCAGUGGGACACAGGCAGUGGGUCUGGGGGCAGUGGGGCCGGGGGCAGUGGGUCCGGGGGCAGUGGGACCGGGGGCAGUGGGACCGGGGGCAGUGGGACACAGGCAGUGGGGCCGGGGGCAGUGGGACCGGGGGCAGUGGGUCAGGGGGCAGUGGGGCCGGGGGCAGUGGGUCCGGGGGCAGUGGGUCCGGGGGCAGUGGGGCCGGGGGCAGUGGUUCCGGGGGCAGUGGGUCCGGGGGCAGUGGGACCGGGAGCAGUGGGACCGGGGUCAGUGGGGCCGGGGGCAGUGGGUCCGGGGGCAGUGGGACACAGGCAGUGGGUCCGGGGGCAGUGGGUCACAGGCAGUGGGACCAGGGGCAGUGGGACCAGGGACAGUGGGACACAGGCAGUGGGACCGGGGGCAGUGGGGCCAGGGGCAGUGGGACCGGGGGCAGUGGGGCCGGGGGCAGUGAGUCCGGGGGCAGUGGGUCCGGGGGCAGUGGGGCCAGGGGCAGUGGGUCCGGGGGCAGUGGGACACAGGCAGUGGGUCCGGGGGCCGUGGGACCGGGAGCAGUGGGUCCGGGGGCAGUGGGACCGGGAGCAGUGGGUCCGGGGGCAGUGGGACACAGGCAGUGGGUCUGGGGUCAGUGGGUCCAGGGGCAGUGGGACCGGGGGCAGUGGGACACAGGCAGUGGGACCGGGGGCAGUGGGACUGGGGGCAGUGGGACCGGGGGCAGUGGGACCGGGGGCAGUGGGUCCGGGGGCAGCAGUGGGUCUGGGGGCAGUGGGGCCGGGGGCAGUGGGUCCGGGGGCAGUGGGACCGGGGGCAGUGGGACCGGGGGCAGUGGAUCCGGGGGCAGUGGGGCCGGGGGCAGUGGGACCGGGGGCAGUGGGGCCGGGGGCAGUGGGGCCGGGGGCAGUGGGUCCGGGGGCAGUGGGACCGGGGGCAGUGGGUCCGGGGGCAGUGGGACACAGGCAGCGGGUCUGGGGUCAGUGGGUCCGGGGGCAGUGGGUUCGGGGGCAGUGGGUCCGGGGGCAGUGGGACCAGGGGCAGUGGGUCCGGGGGCAGUGGGACACAGGCAGUGGGUCUGGGGUCAGUGGGUCCGGGGCAGUGGGUUCGGGGGCAGUGGGUCCGGGGGCAGUGGGACCGGGGGCAGUGGGGCCAGUGGCAGUGGGGCCGGGGGCAGUGGGUCCGGGGGCAGUGGGACCGGGGGCAGUGGGUCCGGGGGCAGUGGGACACAGGCAGUGGGUCUGGGGUCAGUGGGUCCGGGGGCAGUGAGUUUGGGGGCAGUGGGACCGGGGGCAGUGGGUCCGGGGGCAGUGGGUCCGGGGGCAGUGGGACCGGGGGCAGUGGGUCCAGGGGCAGUGGGUCCGGGGGCAGUGGGCAUACAGACCCACAGGACGCUGGCGUAA